AGGAAGUAAAAGACACUUCUGUUUAUAACAGCAAGAAGGGAAAUAUUUUCUCUGUAGUAGUUCGUCUCAUAGUCAUGUCUGAUUUAUAACACAAGUUCAUUUAGAGAUCAGAAGUUUCUACUAACCUUCUACUGUCAUAUACCUGUAGCUUGAUAUUUUGAGGAACAACUUUGAGAAAAUAUGGCGACCGCUGCACCAGAAAUGGAUCAUGUGAAGAUCGUAUUGCUGGGUGGAAGGUGGGCAGGAAAAAGUUCUUCUGGAAACACCAUCCUGAAUAAGGAAGUAUUUGGAACUGAUGAACAAACAGAAGUCUGUGUGAUGGAAACGAACAAAAUUGCAGGCAUGCAAGUCACCGUGGUUGAUACACCAAGUUGGAACUGGGUUCCUGCAGAAGCCUCUUCAGAUGAACUUAAGCAGGAACUCAAGCGCAGUGUUGAGAUGCUUGGCGAAGGGCCUCAUACUUUUCUACUGGUUUAUCCAUUAGGGGCUGCAUUUCUGAAGAGACACAAAAUUGCUGUGGAAGAGCAUUUGGAGCUUUUGGGUGCUGAUGUCUGGGACCACGUUAUGAUCUUGUUCUCUCGGGGAGAUUGGUUAGGAGAGGUCACUAUUGAGCAACAUAUCGAGGGAGCAAAAGCAGAAUUCAAGUGGUUGCUAGAUCAGUGUAAUAAUAGGUAUCAUGUUCUCAAUAAUAAGGUGAAGACUGAUGAAAUGCAGGUCAUUGAACUCCUGGAGAAGAUCCAAAGGAUGAUUCGGAGAAAAAGAAAGAGAAGCAAGCUCGAACCACCUUUGAUGGCUGGAGAAGAUCCUGCUGAAUAUGGAGAAACUUCAGGCACUCAGAAAAAACUGAAAUGAAUCUGGCAGGAUGCAACAGGUAUAUAUAUAUAUCACACUUAUGUAUUAAUUUAGACAUUUUGGUGAGAUUAGAUAUUUUCAACAGGUUUUUUUUUCUUGAAGAAAUUGUCUGUAAACUUCAUUGUACUGUAUGAAAUAUACACUGUUGUAAAUAUUCAAGAAUGACCACACUUAUAACGCAAUGAGGGUGGAGUGGAACUUUCCAAGCUGACUUAAGUUAAACAUCGUGAAACAUCAUUCAAAACUGUUACAUUUGUUUUAUGCAAAAAAAAAAAAAGGCUUGUCAUUUAAGAUGACAUCGUGAAACAUCAUUCAACGUCAUCUCAUGGAAAAAGCUUCAAUGAAUGUUUAUGUAGGUUGUUAUAAACUCAGUGGUCAUAAAUGGCCAGUGAAGGGCUUAUUUCGCCUUAUGAACACACAAGUAAAAUGCUACCACUUACAUGUUCAUUUUAAUAUUGUAUCGAGGUGUAGGAUGUUAAGCAGUGCAGCAGUGAUCCAAGUAAACCUCAUCACUGACUGUAAUUCCUGCUCAUACUGAUUUUUUAAACAUUUAUCCAGAAACUGUUUUUGUAUGUAUAUAAUUAGCCUUUUUACAAAUUAUGUUUCACUGAUUUACAUGUAACAUGGUGACAGUUUACUUCACAAACAAAAACUUUUGGGCUGACAGUGGUAAAUUAUGUCUACCAAGCAUUUUGGACACAAGAACAACCACUUACAGCUUGGCAUAAAGCUAAUUUUCCGAAGGUUUAAAUUCCCAAUGUUGGGCAAUGUAAGAAGAACAAUAUUGUAUAUGCAUUUGUACAGAUCCAGAGUACCUUAAAGGAAAAAUCCACUCUGAAAUGUAUUAAAUAUGUUUCUCUUGUAAUGUUUGCAACAAGUUUAUGGAUUUUGGUGCUAAUCUGUUGGUUUGGUUCCUGUAUUUUCAUUAUUUUCGUUAUUGCUAGUUUUUGUUACUACUAGUACACUUACAAUUGCGGUUUAAUUAUUAGUAUCUUCAUGCAUGCAGGAGCUGUGACAGAAUCUGCCUUUGUCCAUAUGUAUCCCUAUUUAUCUAUCUAAGGCUUCAGAAUGGUGCAGUAUAUUUAACUGUAUACACUAUAGGGCCAAAAAUUUGUGGACACCUGACCAUCACAAACACAUGGUGCUUCCCAAAACUGUUACCACAAAGUUGGAAGCACACAGUUAUCUAGAAUGCCUUUCUAUGGUGAAUUCAGAGGCCAAAGCCUGUUCAGACAUGACAAUGCUCCUGUGCACAAAGCAAGCUCUAUGAAGAUAUGGUUUGCCAAGGUUGGACUGGAAGAACUUGAGUGGCCUUCACAAGUCCUGACAUCAACCAGUGCCUGACCUCACUAAUGUUCUUGUAGAUGAAUGAGCACAAAUCCCCAUGAGCAUGCUUCACAAUUUAGUACAAAACUCUCCAGGAGGAGUGGAGGCUCUUAGUGAAAAGGGGACCAAGUCUAUCUUAACACACAUGGUUUUCAAAUGAGGUGUUCAACAAGAACAUAUGGCUGUGAUGGUAGGGUAUCCACAAGCUUUUGGCAAUAUAGAGUAUCUAAAAAAAAAAAUGCUAGAGGGUAUAAAAAUUUAUGUGUGCUAUAAAUUUCUGAAUGUUUCUGUAUAAAGAUCCUGUUUGUCCAGGGUAUAAAGAUUUUGGUAACACUUUAUUUUACAGUAUGACAAAUACCUAGUAUUUAAUAUGUAUUGAGAUAAAGCAAUAACAAGUAAUUUUUUUUCAAGUAUGUACUUUGUUUGAUUUUAAAGUGAAAACUCUAAGGUUUGUACAUCAAGACUAAGUGCUAAUAAUGUAGAAUUUAGAAAUAGGAAUUGCUGCUUACUUAGUAAGUAAGUACAUGGUAUCUAAUGUGAAAAUAAAAAUCAGGUAAACUUCCCAAAAGUGACUUAAUCGUGUAAAAUCCUACUAAGUAUACUGUGCCACUGAAUAAAGGCUUAUCUAACUGAAAUGAGUAGGUAAGAAAGGUAUAAAACACUUUGGUGUGUGCUGUUAGGAAUAUAAUCAAUGUCAUGGUGGUGUGAUGAAGCCCAACAUGAAGCUAAGUUACUGUUAAAAUACAUCCCAAAGUGUUUUAUUCCUCUUCUACCACAAGAAUUUCCCAUCAGUUCAGUUUUUCAUUAAUUCCACAAGCAAAUGCAAAUCAUACAUUUUAUCUGUUUUUGUCUGCAGUUAAUAUUGUGAAACGGGCUUGUAGUACUCGGGUCCGACUCGUGCUCUAAUUUUAAGGGCUCGUGACUUGACUUGGACUUGAGCACUGAUGACUCGGACUCGUGCAUUAACUGCAUUCGGACUUGUAAAUUGGAGAACUCUAAUUUUUUCUUUAUUUUUUGUAACAUGCCAUAAUAAUUUGGCAUAAGAUAUUUAUAUCUACAUUAAUUUUGUACUAAUUUCAUGCAAGAGCGUCACACCUGUGUGCCUUGGUGCGUGCAUCAGAUCGACUCUUGGGUGCGCUCCAGACAGUGUGCGCCAAGCGGACUCUCACACCUGCACAGGAUUAAGGCGCAAUCAGCGUGCCGAUAUAAAAACAGUGAAAACACACUUAUUUUGCGAAGUAUUGAGUUGCGUUGUUGACAUGUUACUGAGCCUUAUUUUCUUGUUUGAGUUCCUGUUUCUCGUCUUUGAGUCUGCUGAGUCUACGAUAGCCUGUUUAUGCCUCGCUCGACCUAUUGCCUGUUUUACGAUUUUGCCUGCCGUUCUGGAUUGUUUAUUUGUCUUCACUUGUAUUAAUAAACACAUCUUCUACACUUACAUCCGUCUCCCAACCAUCUCUGACAGAAUACUUCACACUCCCUGAUAAAGAGAAGCACAUUCACCUGUUCAUACGUCAUGUUCAGGAACAAACUAAUGUUAAGGGCGCUAAAACAGCCACCGUCAAAUGGUGCGGUUGGAGUCUUGUUCUCAGACUCAACUCGGCUCAAUAGUGGACUCGACUUGAAAUUUUUUUAAAUGAUUUGGACUUGACUCAGACUUGAACACUGGGGACUCGAGGCUGGACUUGGACUCGAAGUUUAGUGACUCGACUACAACACUGUUGUGAAACAGCCCUGAAAUAAGUGAGUUCAUGUAUUUUCUGGAUUUUGGGAGAAAGUACUCUUGUACUUUUUUUCACACUGGUAUUUUAUCUUGUUAUUAUUUAUUUAUUUAAAUUAUUGUUUUCUUUCUUACGAGCACAAUCCUAGAGCUGGUCAAAUUCACACUUCACUGCAGGUUGUACCUGUAUAACUAUAUAUAUGUGACUAAUAAAACUCUUGAGUCUUGAA